GGAAUGCGUUUCCUGCAGCUGAAGAAUCCAUGGAGUCAUCUGCGGUGGAAGGGCCGCUACAGUGAGCGAGAUGAGAAGAACUGGACUCCUGAACUCCUCAAAUACCUCAACUUUGACCCUAAGACAGCACAGAAGUUUGAUAAUGGUGUUUUCUGGAUCUCAUGGGAGGACCUGUGUCAGUACUACGAUGUCAUCUACCUGAGCUGGAACCCUGCCCUGUUCAAGGAGUCCUCCUGUAUUCACAGUAGCUGGGAUGGGAAGCAGGGCCCAGUGAAAGACGUCUACAGCCUGGCUAACAAUCCACAGUACAAGCUGGAGGUCCAGUGUCCAGCAGGAGGAGCUGCUGUGUGGGUGCUGCUCACCAGACACAUCACUGACAAGGAUGAUUUUGCACAAAACAGGGAGUUUAUCACGCUGGUCGUUUACAAGACAGAUGGGAAGAAGGUUUACUACCCAGCGGAUCCCCCUCCUUACAUCGACGGCAUCCGCAUCAACAGCCCACACUACCUGACCAAGGUUAGACUGACCAGCGCGGGGACACACACGUUCACACUGGUGGUUUCCCAGUACGAGAAACAAAACACCAUCAACUACACACUGCGGGUGUACUCUGGAUGCAAAUUCACCUUCUCCAAGAUCCCAAAUCCCUUCACUCACACCAAAAGGAUCAACGGCCAGUGGAAGGGGCUCAGCGCUGGAGGUUGUGGGAACUAUAAGGACUCGUAUAAACACAACCCCAUCUACCAGAUUAACCUGGAGCGGUCUGGACCCCUGCUCAUCGAGCUCCGGGGAUCCAGGCAGUACAGUGUCGGGUUUGAGAUGGUGACGGUGUCGACGGUGGGGGAUCCGAGUCGCGGCCUCCCGAAGAGGAGCAGUGGAGAUUACAGAUGUGGCUUCUGCUACAUGGAGGCGGACCACGUCCCAGCAGGCAUCUACAACGUCAUCCCCACCACCUUCCUGCCCAAACAGGAAGGACCCUUCUUCUUGGACUUUGGAAGUACCUCGCCCCUCAAGGUCUCCCAGCUCCAAUGAAGAUGGAGCUGGAGAGGGGACGAGGCGUGGACCGGGAGGAUGGUACUUCAGGACAUCAAGGGAUUUUUCUGAUAUUUCUGUUUGAAUGUGAUGAGGCGUCGAGGCCUCCACUAAGUCCAAAGAGCCCAGAAUGUGACUGACAGCCUCAACUAAACACCAUCUCAAACAGCCUUUCCCUGUUCCCUCUCGCUGGAUCCUUUGCUGAAAUAAAUGGACAGAUCUUUGGCUUCAACUUCAACACUGACGCGACGAUAAUACACAGUUAUGGGGAAGGAAUAAAUUAUUAAUGAGAAGUCAUCAACAGGAACCUCAGUAUGGAACAGAACAGAAUCAAGGCGUUUCAAAACCGUAAUAAUAAAAAUGAGUCAGCAAAGUGGUACCUCUUUUUACCAUAAUAAGAUAAGACAGCAUUUCUUCUGUAUGUACCUCCACCAGAUGGAUUCAUGAGCAUCCCUGCUCUGAUGGACCUCAUGAGAAGACACAAAUCAUACGACCACGUCCAGGAAUGACUGGAUGUUGGAGAAGUAACAGGGUUGAAAUGAUUUUUUUUUUAAUUUUGCUGCAGUGAGCACCUCAUCGAUACAGAAGUGAAUUCUCAGCACUCGCUUCUGGUUGGAAUUUGACAAAUGUCAUGAGAUUGGGAUUUUUCUGUAAUGGUUUGGACCCCUUAAUUUCAGUGGCACACGAUCUUUAUGCCUCAGCAAUAGUGAGCUUCCAACUUUCCCACAGUUUAUGUUUGUCCCUUUCCUCUCUGACGUGAACCUGUCACCUUUAGUUCUCCAUAUACUUUUGACCAAUUUGUGGAUCCUAGUUGAGACUUUGGAUGUAGUUUAAUAAUGUUUCUAGGAGAUCUGUUAGAAAAUGAGACCAGUGAUAGCCCAGCCCGGCAGGUGUAGGCAGCGUUUGUGGCCCUGCCAUGAAACGACAAGUUUCUCCACAGAAAGCAGAAAUCCCCUCUGUGUGGUAUAUCUCAGACCAGGCUGUUUGGAGCUGUAACUAAACUGUGUCCAGGACCACAGCGUUUGUCAGAUGUUGGAGGUGCUCAUUACUGCAAACUGCUCGAAUAAAAAGCAGUUGCUUGAUACGGGCAGCCACAAUACAAAACAAACAUGAAGGCCCCUGCUGUUCUCUCAAAAUAUUAUGUUGCCAAAACCUGACCAGACUUCUUGUCAGUUAGUUUGUCUCCCAGGAGUUUAACAGUCUGGAGCCUCUGCCAAAAUAGCAAAAGCAGUUUCCAAGUGUGACAGGUUGAAGGGACGGUCGGUUUCCUCAGAUGACCAUGGAGGGUUGUUUUUAUUCUCAGGAGCAGUGCAGCACAGCAGCACCACAGGGAAUCCAGUAUGGCAGCAGUUGAAUGAUGUCUCCUCAUGCUGUCUGUGGACGUGACGGCUGAGUGAGGACGUAUCAGCCUGACUUCACUGACAGGCCUCACGUCAGCUCUUAGCACUGCUUGAGACAGGUAUCACACACUGUACGUGUUAUACUUGUGUGUGAGUGUGUGUGCAUGUGUGAAUGUUUGAUUUCUAUUGUCAACAUUUUAAAGGUAAAAAUGUAUUGCCAAGUACUCAUCCUCUGUUUACUCUUAUGUUACUGAGCUGCACUUUUUAAUCAUUUCUUUUUAUGUUUAUUGUCAAACACAAUAUAUGGAAAUGAAUAUGUCACUUUGAUUCUUCAACGCCAGCAGUUUAAGCAGUUAUCAGAAAGCGGCUCAUUUAAAAUUCACCUUGUCUCGUCAGUUUUCAUUGUGAGUGUGUUCUGGGUGACGUCGCCCAUCAGCAGCCUGUCGUAUACAAAUGCAUCGUAUUCCUUGGCAGCAGCGUUUGGUGGAUUUGGAACCAGGCUGUAUGUUGUGGUGUGAGUCCAUCCAUCAGCAGGAAGGUUGUGUUGCAUCAUGUCGAUGCAGUCCUCUCAGUCCACUCCUGUAUCUGUACGUUAGUGUCUGAUGCACAUUCUAGCUCAGUCAAAUCACCAGAUGUCUUUCAGUCGUCCAAAAAACCACAAUCAGUGUUGCUUAUUAAUGCGUCUCAACACUUAACUGCCAGUUUAUUAGGUACACCGAGUUAAAACUGGUCAAAUCUGACAAACAUGAAGGUUCUGAUGUUCAGUUUUCACUGAAACUGUUUUAUAAAAGUGUUGAUUCAGCUGUAUGAUGAUGUGGAGGUUGCACAGAGAGACAACUGAAUCAACACCUUUCUAAAACAGUUUUAAAAAAUGAACCUCCGUUUUGAGAGUAAAAUUUGAUUCUUGAACAUUGUUAGUCACAAUAACCAUAACUCAAGCUACACUUACUGCCUGUUUUUGUUAAGCUUCUCACUAGGGCUGUCAGAUGCAGUGGAAAACUAGUGAGUGGGCCUUGAGUCACUGACUAGAUUUUUUUGGUCACUUACUGUAUUAACAGUUCUGUACUUCUUUUAUUCAGCGUCCCUCAGUCACAGAUGUUUCCUUACAGCGGACUACACAGGGUUACAUUAGUGCACAGAUUCAGUGUCCUCACAUAAACCUUCUCUCUGUUUACUGGGUGUAAUGCACAGUUGUUAAGGUGCCGUGAGUAAGUGUAAAGUCACUGUCACACAGCUUCAUGUUGCUGCAGUGUGGGUCCACACAUUGAUUACUUUCAUUUAGCCGAUAAAAGAAGGAUCAUUGUUUUUUGAGAUUGUUGCUGAUAUAUUUUCACGGGAUUUCACUGCAGCCUGUGAUGUUGUGUGCACAUGAUAUUUCAUAAGACAUGUUCAGAAUAUAACACCAAAACCAUACAUGGUUUAAUUUAUUUAACCACGACCUUUAGCUUUGCUAAACCAUCAUUCUGUUUAUUCUGAGAUAAACUCUGACCUGGUUCACAGCACUGCUUCUGGAACAAUUUUCAUUAAUGAUCUCUGUUAACAGCCAUUCAUAGUCAAAGCAGUGCUGACUGGAGGCUGACUGUAAAUGAACUGAUGAUGCUGGUGUGCUAAGAGGUUGAAAUGUUGGAGUAAAAUAUAGCUUUAAAUCUCCUUUGCCAAGCACUUCUGUCAACGAUCCACCUGUUCAUGAAUGGUAACUGUUAUGGAUACCCUAUCUUUGUCACUAUAUCAGUCAUGUUGUUUUAACUGGCAGCAGGACAAUCUUGCCGUGACCUGUUGUAUGAAUGAUGAUAUAAUGUUUGCAGAACUUGCACUAAAUGUUGGGUAGACAGACGUAUUCAAGCUUUGAAUACAGAAAAUGAUAUCUCA